UUGUCUCAGAUACCCUAAACCAUAGCUUUCGAUUUCGUUGGCUUGAAGCCCCAAACCAUCUCCGAAGCUCGGUUCUUCAAUUGCGUCAGCCUCCUCCCUCUUUAUCCUUCUCUUUUGCAUCCGCAGGUCCUUAAGAUUCUACCUUCCAAGUCAUUAACACGUAUAAGAGUAGAGAAGAGGUAUAGUUUAUCUUUGGUGGGUGCUUAAGAUUCUAAUCAGUUGGUCUCCAGGGAGAUAUAUUUACACUAAAAGACUGAAAGAUGCAAAGAGACUGAAGUCAAGCUUACGAUGGGUAUGGCCAUGGGAGGAAUGAAGGUUUUGAAUCAGGCGCCGAAGGAACUAUCGUCUGAAUUGAAGCAAGAACGCAUCGUUUAUUACAAGAAGUGGCUCCUGAAUUGCCUCCGCAAGAAGUCCUCUCUUUGCUCGAGCGCUUUAAUUGGGAUGUGGAGAGAGCCGGGGACCAUUACUGUGACCAGCGACAUUCGCAGCAUCGUACUUCAUAUGCCUGAGAUUGAUCAGUCGUCUUUGCAGGGGUUUCAAGAGGGUCAUAUGCCGAUGAUUGGGGUUUCGAAUUUGGAACGAUUCUCACAAGAUGAAACAUCGACGGCUUUGGCUAUGGAUUUGAUGGACCUUAGUGCUCCGCCUCUUCCAUCGUUACAUGCUUCUGUUGGCUAUCAAAUCGGCAACUUUUCUUCUUCUGGUUUGAUGAACGUUGAUGUGGAUGAGAUGGGAGAUUUACACGAUGUACCUAUAAUGUCUUCCUCUCAAGAGCAGAAACACCACAACACAAAACCUCCCAAAUUCGAUGACCUAGUCGAGCUAUUCCUCUCCCCAGUACCUUUAAUUCUCUUCCCGACGCAAAACUCCCGCUUCAGAUCUUCGAAAUCCGUUACGAGUCAUGAUGCAAACACUCAUGAAGAUUCUGAAAGCCAUAGAAGACCAAUCGCAACUUCUAUACUCCAGCUAAGGAAAUUCCUUAGACCGCCACCCCGACGAAAUCCUCAUCAAUCGCAACAAGAGGGUGUAAUCGAUCAAGUUCCUAGCGUUGUUCAUAAGGAGGCUGAGAUCUAUGACUGCUUGCAAGGGUUUCAGGUUUCCAAAAUCCGUGAAGAGUACCCAGGUUUCUGCUUACAUUCUCAGUGUGUUUCCUUCGCCUAAGAGUCGGAUGAUUUGUCAUGAACAGAUCAAGCUCUUCAAACUUUAUACUUUACCGACAAGAGACUUUUUCUCACUUGGUAUGUUUGUAUGUUUGGACAAAACUUGAUGAUUUGUGUGUGUCUCUAAUGUUGUUCUCUUUGUAAAUGCUUUUUAAUGUGUUUUUGUUUUCCACAUAUAAUGUUUAUCUGCAGUGCUAGGAUUAAUUAGCUGG